AUGGGUCUAUACAUUUUGAGAAAACUAGCACUUAUUGAAAAGCUGGCUAGGUGGUUGCUACUGCUGGCAGAGUUUGAUCUCAAGUACAUGACGAAGAAAUCAGUAAAGAAAAGGGCUGUGGCAGAAUUGUUGGCGGACCAUCCAGUAACAGAGGCUGAGGUUGAAGAUUUUAUGGUCCCAGAUGAGGAUAUCCUACUUCUUCUUGACAAUACUUGGCAGUUUUAUUUCGAUGGAGCAUCAAAUCCAUUUGGGUAUAGCAUAGAGAUAUUGUUAGUUUCUCCUAAUGACUCACAUGUCCCUCUGUCAUACAAAUUGAGAUUUGAAGUCACCAAUAACCAAGCUAAGUAUGAGGUCUCCAUUGCUGGGAUGGAAGAAGCAAUGGAGCUAGGAGCAAAGAGGUUAGAGGUCAUUGGGGAUUCAAAUUUGGCGGUAUCUCAAGCAAGGGGAGAUUGGAAAGUUAAAGAGGACACAUUGAAGUUUUAUCAUUCUGUGUUGGUUGGCUUGCAACACCCUUUCAACGUUGGCUUCCAUGGUAGAAAUAUUUUGGGAUUUAAAAUGCGGCCACUGAUGAUCGAACAAAGGAUCAAGCCAACAUGUGAAUGUGCUUUUAUUGAGGAGGAUGAUGAUGAAGGAAAGCCAUGGUACAAGGAUAUGAAGGGGUUCUUAGAAAGAGGAGAGUAUCCUCUGGAAUCUACUCCAAAGGAUAAAAUGGCUCGGCGAAAGUUUGCCACUCAGUUUGUCAUGGAGCAUUAUAUCGAAGAGCACAUUUAG